AUGGAUAACUAUUCAGACUUCAAUACAAAGAACCUCUCAUCUUCAGCUAACAUGUCCAUUUCUUUGCCUGGACAAGUUGGACUCAAUACCACCGGUGGUACUCCUUCUAUGUCAAUAAGCAGGCUUUUCCCAGCCCUGUUAGAAUGCUUUGGAAUAAUUCUUUGUGGCUACAUAGCUGGAAGAGCCAACAUUAUCACAACAACUCAGGCCAAAGGACUGGGAAAUUUUGUGUCCCGUUUUGCACUCCCAGCUCUACUGUUCAAAAACAUGGUGGUACUUAACUUUUCUAAUGUCAAUUGGUCCUUCCUGUACAGUAUUUUAGUUGCCAAAGCUGCUGUGUUUUUCUUAGUCUGCAUUUUAACAUUGUUGGUAGCCAGUCCUGAGAAUAGAUUUAGCAAAGCAGGUUUGUUCCCUAUUUUUGCUACACAAAGCAAUGACUUUGCACUGGGAUAUCCAAUAGUUGAAGCUUUAUAUCAAGCCACUUACCCAGAAUAUCUCCAGUACAUUUACCUAGUGGCUCCAAUAUCUCUUAUGAUGCUAAACCCUCUUGGGUUUAUCUUCUGUGAAAUCCAGAAGUGGAGGGAUAAUCGCACUGUGUCACACAGCAAAAUCAAAAUAGUGGGCCUAGCACUCCUUCGAGUUUUGCAGAACCCAAUUGUAUUCAUGGUCUUCAUAGGAAUUGCCUCAAACUUUAUUCUUGGCCAGAAAAUUCCCGAAUACCUUGAAAACUUCCUUGAUGGACUGGGCAGUUCAUUUUCUGGCUCCGCACUUUUUUACCUUGGACUAACUAUGGUGGGACAAACAAAGAAACUGACAAAGGGUAUGUUUGUUGCACUGAUCCUUCUCAUCACAGCUAAACUACUUAUGAUGCCAUUUCUCUGUAGAGAAAUGGUGGAACUCUUGGACAAGAGCGACAGCACAGUCAACCACACAAGUUUAUCAAACUAUGCGUUUCUUUAUGGAGUUUUUCCAGCAGCACCUGGUGUCGCAAUAUUUGCAAGUCAAUUUAAUAUGGAAGUAGGAAUUAUUACCUCAGGCAUGGUGAUUAGCACUUUUGUGUCUGCACCUAUUAUGUAUGUUUCUGCAUGGCUGUUGACCAUUCCAUCUAUGGACCCCAACCCACUGGCAUCUGCACUCCAAAAUGUUAGCUUUGACAUAAGUAUUGUCAGCCUCAUUUCUCUGAUCUGGUCUCUUACUGUUGUUCUUCUGAGUAAGAAAUACAAACAGCUUCCUCAUAUGAUUACAACAAAUCUACUUGUUGCUCAGUUUAUUGCUUGCAUUGGAAUGGUGGUAUGGAAUUUCAUUGUUAAAGACAUCACCAUGCAGAUCCUAGUAUUUAUAUUCCUCUACAGCUCACUUUAUAGCACCUACCUGUGGACAGGUUUUCUAUCUUUCUCUUUGUUUCUGUUGAGGAAGAGAGAAACAGUAAAGAUUCCCAUUGGAUUUGUUAUCAUAGCUGGAUGGGGAGUCCCAGCACUGCUGGUGGGAAUCUUACUAAUUGUCGGUGAACGUAACAGCACUAGUAUUGACUCUGCCUUUUUCUAUGGAAAACAUCAGAUAAUUACCACAGCAGUGAUCCUGUUCAUCAGUAUAUUGAUGGCAGGUAUCUCACUUAUGUGCAUGAACAGAAAUAGGCAAGAGUCAAGCUAUGAGGUAUUGAACCCAUAUUCACCACGUAGCCAAGUGGAGGAGGUUGAAGUGGAAGGGAGUGAGGGGAAUCGAGUUUCAGCUGCUGUGCCUCAGCCUUCUGCAGGAUCUUCUACACAGCCUUCUCCAGGAUCUUCUGCACAGCCAUCUGCAGAAAGAGGUUGCUGUUCUUGUCAAACAACAAAUGGUGAAUUAUCCUGUGCUAGAGGGAGCAAAGCAGCGUCAAAUGCUGUUGGAAGCAAGGUUCCUCCAAUUGAGACAGCUGAUCAGUGUGUGAGUCAUUGCAGUGCUCAAACCUGCGUAUUGGCUCAGGAAGAACAGCUUCUACAGACUGGAGACAAACAGCUGGCCAGACAUGUGCUGCUAUGCUUACUUCUUAUUGUUGGCCUGUUUGCUAAUCUUUCCAGUUGUUUGUGGUGGCUGUUCAACCAAGAGCCUGGAAGGCUGUAUGUGGAACUGCAGUUCUUCUGUGCUGUGUUUAAUUUUGGUCAGGGCUUCAUUUCCUUUGGUAUUUUUGGCUUAGAUAAGCAUUUAAUCAUUCUACCGUUCAAGCGAAGACUUGAAUUUCUCUGGGGAGGAAGAGAAGCAGCAGGGCAUACAGAUCCCUCUGUACCUGAGGAAAUCAGGAUGACCUGUCAACAGUUUGUUCGUUAUCAUAGGGAUCACUGUGUCAAAAGCAUUGUCAGAGGCAGAAGGUGUGGUGCAAAGAUCUCCACUGGCAUCUUCUUUGGCUGUGACCUGGUGAACUGGCUCAUGCAAGUUGGCCUUGCCUCUGACCGUGGGGAAGCUGUGAUGUAUGGAGACAGACUGAUGAAAGGAGGCGUCAUCCAACAUAUUACGAAUGAAUUUGAAUUUCGGGAUGAAUAUUUGUAUUACCGCUUUAUUCCUAAGAGAUCAGUUGCAGUCGAGAGCCAUUGACCUGAGCAUGUAGGCAGAGGACAGGCAGUUAGGGGUGAAUGUGACCGUCCCCUCUGCCUUCACCACUGAAAUUGGAAGUAUUUCUUUCUCACGGCUCUCAGAGAAUUGUUAUUCUCUCUUGUGAACUUAAGAGAUGUGGUUCUACUUGUGUCUGUUCUGAAGGAAAUGGUAGCAGUGAUAUUUAGUGAGUGUUCCAACCAGAAUGCAACUAGA